AUGGGUGACUGGACGUUCGAUGGCGAUUUGUCUGAUCUCUUCAAAGGCUACAAUUACACCGACUACAACACCAUCAACCCCAGCGCCGCGGCCGCCCCGUGCAAGCCUGACAACCUGAACAUUAACAAGUACGUGGUGGCGGUGGUUUACUGCCUGGUGUUCCUGCUCAGCCUGGUGGGUAACUCCCUGGUGGUGCUGGUCAUCAGCUACAACCGGCAGAACCGCUCGGUGACCGACGUGUAUCUCCUGAACCUGGCCAUCGCAGACCUCCUCUUCGCCCUCACCUUGCCUAUCUGGGCCGUCUACCGAGCCCACCAGUGGAUCUUCGGCACCUUCAUGUGCAAAGCCAUCUCGGUCCUGCAGGAAGUCAACUUCUACAGCGGGAUCCUCUUGCUGGCCUGCAUUAGCGUCGACCGGUUCCUCGCCAUCGUCUAUGCCACCCGGGCAGCCACCGAGAAGAGGCACUGGGUUAAAUUUGUCUGCUUGGGCAUCUGGGUUUUCUCCAUCGCGCUCUCCCUGCCCAUCCUCCUCUUCCGUGAGGCCUUCUGGCCGCCACACGGCGGCAUGGUCUGCUACGAGCGGAUUGGGGAUGAGAACACGGCCAAGUGGCGGGUGGUGCUAAGGAUCCUGCCCCAGACCUUUGGUUUCAUCCUCCCCUUGCUGAUCAUGCUCUUCUGCUAUGGGGUCACGGUGAAGACCCUCUUCCAGACCAAGAGCAGCCAGAAGCAGAAGGCCAUGAAGGUCAUCUUGGCCGUGGUGCUGGUCUUCUUGGUCUGCUGGCUGCCCUACAACAUCACGCUGGUGGUAGACACCAUGAUGAGGACCCGUGCCAUCGCUGAGACCUGCCACCGGCGGAACCAGAUCGAUGCAGCCCUGUCUGUCACCCAGAUUCUGGGCUUCACGCACAGCUGCAUCAACCCGCUCAUCUAUGCCUUCAUCGGGCAGAAGUUCCGAAACAGCUUCCUUAAGAUCCUGGUCUACCACGGCUUCGUCAGCAAAGAGUUCGUCUCCCGCUACGGACGGGGGUCCUCCUUUGCCUCCACCUCUGGCAACACCUCCACCACCCUGUGA